AUGCCUCCCUUGAUCUCGUACUCCAUCCCAGUCCCGAAAGGGUUCGUGGUCACAACUCCCGAGGAUGCCAGGUCCGUCGUAUCAUUGAUCAAUGCACCGUCGGUGCUCAAAUCGCAGAUCCUCGCCGGCGGCCGGGGUAAAGGACGGUUCGGGAGUGAUGGCAAGAGUGGUAUUCGCAUCGUUAACACCCCUAAUAAAGCCUACGAGAACGCUGCGAAAAUGCUCGGCUACUACCUCACAACAAAACAGACGCCACCUGGCGGGCUUCUCGUGAAGAAGCUAUACAUCUAUAAAGCGGUGGAUAUUGAGCACGAGUUCUACCUAGCGCUGACGUUUGACCGGGAAAGAUACUGCCCCGUCAUUUUGAUCUCAGAUCAAGGAGGUGUGGAUGUUGAAUCUAGCCAGGAUCAACUCCACAAGUUCUGGUUCUCUCUUUCAAAGGGUGUCACGACCGAUAUCCUCACCAAGAUCCAGAGGGAAAUUCACUUCACGGAAGCAGAAAUGAAGACAAUCCAGCACAUCGUCCAACAGAUGGUGAAACUGUUUCAAGAGAAAGACGCAAUCCUCCUCGAGUUGAAUCCGCUUGUCCGCACGCCAAAGGGAACCUUCGUCUCCCUCGAUGCCAAGUUUGAUUUCGAUGAUGCCGCGCGGUUCCGCCAGCCAGACAUCUUCAGCAAGGAAGAGUAUAUGCCGGACCAGAGAGAUGAAUACGAAGCCAAGGAGCAUGGGCUGGUUUACAUACGCCUCGACGGAAACAUUGGGAAUAUCGUCAACGGUGCCGGUCUAGCAAUGGCCACCAACGACCUGAUCAAUCUGCAUGGUGGGAAAAGCGCCAACUUUCUAGAUAUUGGGGGCAAGGCUACCACAGAUACAUUGCUCGAGGCCUUUGAAAUAUUGACCAGAGACCCACGCGUGCAAGCGAUUUUUAUCAACAUCUUUGGUGGAAUCGUUCGCUGUGACAUGAUUGCCGAGUCUAUCUUAGAAGCAGCAUCAGUAUUGGGGGGUUUCAAGGUCCCUGUCGUCGUCCGGCUGCAGGGCACAAACUCCGAACAAGCCCUGAGAAUGCUUGCAGAAUCCGGAGUUGAUAUACACACAGAUACAGACUUUGAAGGGGCUGCUCGGGAUAUCAUCAGAUUAGCGUCUGGUUCAAAACACUAA